GCCCGGGGCGCGGCGUGGGCUGUGGGGACCGGGUGGGCGCAGGAGGCCGGGCGGGGACCGAGCUGUCGCCGCCCGCCCUGCGGACCCGCGCGGGACGCGGAGGCCCGGAUGUGGGCGCGCUCGCCGAGCCGCUGCCUUUGUGACGGUGCCGCCCCGUCGGCGACGCUCCCGGUGCUGCGCCUGCAGCUUCACCUGCUUGGGAUCUCCUGUUACUCAGGAAGCGUCAGGAACGAGGAGGGCAUGGAGGCCGAGUUGCUAACUGCCCGGUCCCACACACUGGUGACCUUCAAGGACAUACUUGUGAACUUCACGAGGGAGGAGUGGAAGCUGCUGGACCCUGCUCAGCAGCUCAUGUACAAAGAUGUGAUGUUGGAGAACUACAGAAACCUGGUGUCCUUGGGGCAUCAGCUUCCCAAGCCAGAAGUGAUCCUGCAGUUGGAGAAGGGGGAGGAGCCAUGGCUGUUGGAGAGAGGGAUUCACCAAGAGACCUAUCCAGAUUUGGAGACUGCAGUUGAAGUUAAAUCAUCAGCUUCCAGUAAGAGCAUUUCUAAAGAUAAACACUCCUGUGAUGUUAAAAUGAAAAGAAUGGCAAAGAGUGAUCUCUGGUAUUUGUCACUGGAAGAAGUCUGGACACGUGAAGGUCAGUUGGACAGGCCCCAGGGCAGCCAGGAGAGACAUCUGAGCAUCCGUCGGGUCCUGCCACCCCCCUCAGGGCGCACAAAACUGGCCGUGAGGAUGGCCACCAGGGUCCGGACGGCUGCCGUCUGGGUCCCACCUCUCCAGGAGCAAGAGAGCACAUGCGAUGGCACCAGAAAGCUCCAGGGGGAGAAAUCCAUCCUGGGUCAAGAAACCCCUGACCAGAGGCCUCUCCCUGGAGGACCCCGGCAGAGGCACAAGAGUCCCGGCACAGAGCAGGUCCUAGAGUGGCUGUUUAUUUCCCAGGAGCAGCCGAAAGCGAAGAAGACCUGGGGACCAUUGUCAUUCAUGGAUGUGUUUGUGGACUUUACCUGGGAGGAGUGGCAGCUGCUGGACCCAGCUCAGAAACACCUGUACAGGAGUGUGAUGUUGGAGAACUACAGCAACCUGGUGUCCCUGGGGUAUCAACACACCAAACCGAAUAUCAUUUUCCAGUUGGAACAAGAAGAGCUGUGGAUGAUGCAAAUUCCAAGUGAGGGCCAUAUGGACGAAGUCUGGGAAAUUGAUGGUCAUAUGGAAUGGCAUAAGGAAAAUCAAGGCAAGCUAAGAAGUAUGUCAAAAGGCUAUCAGUGUACUGCAUUUGGAAAACUAUGUCUUCUUAGUACAGAUUAUGUUUCUUCAAGACAAAAACUUCAUAAAUGUGUCACAAAUGGAAAGAGUUUGAAAUAUAGUACAGAUUUCGGUAAUAAUUUUUCCAGAAAGAAUCCUAAUGGGUUUCAUGCACAUAGGGAAUCAUCCUUCCAUUCUAAACAUGAGCAAGCUGUUAUUGGGAUAAAAUACUGUGAAAGUAAUAAAUCUGGAAAAACUGCCAACAGAAAGUCACAGCUCAUAUGCCAGCAAAUACGUAUGGGAGGAAAGCCCUUUGAAUGCAGUUACUGUGGGAAGGCCUUCAGUAGCAAGUCAUACCUUGUGGUGCAUCAGCGAACUCAUGCAAAAGAAAAACCCUACAAAUGUAAUGGAUGUGGGAAAGACUUCAGCAGCAAGUCCUACCUCAUUGUUCAUCAGAGAACUCACACAGGAGAGAAACUACAUGAAUGCAGUGUUUGUCAGAAAACUUUCAGUUUCAAUUCACAACUUGUUAUACAUCAGAGAAUUCACACGCGGGAGAAUCCCUAUGAAUGCUGUGAAUGUGGGAAAGUCUUCAGUAGGAAAGACCAGCUUGUUUCACACCAGAGAACUCAUUUAGGACAGAAACCCUAUGGGUGUCAUGACUGUGGGAAAGCUUUUGGUUUGAAAUCACAACUCAUUAUACAUCAAAGAAUUCACACAGGGGAGAAACCCUAUGAAUGCAGUGAUUGUCAGAAAGCUUUUAAUACAAAGUCUAACCUCAUGGUACAUCAGAGAACCCACACGGGGGAGAAACCCUAUGGUUGUAGUGAAUGUGGGAAAGCCUUUACUUUCAAGUCACAGCUCAUUGUACAUCAGGGAGCACACACUGGGGUAAAACCCUAUGCAUGUAAUCAGUGUGGAAAAGCGUUCAGUUUGAAGUCACAACUCAUUGUACAUCAGAGAAGUCACACAGGAGUGAAACCCUAUGGAUGCAUUGAAUGUGGGAAAGCUUUUAGGAGCAAGUCCUACCUCAUCAUACAUAUGAGGACUCACACAGGAGAGAAACCACAUGAGUGCAGUGAAUGCGGGAAAUCCUUCAGUUUCAAUUCACAACUUAUUGUACAUCAGAGAAUUCACACGGGGGAGAAUCCGUAUGAAUGCAGUGAAUGUGGAAAAGCCUUCAGUCGGAAAUACCAGCUCAUUUCACACCAGAGAACUCAUGCAGGGGAGAAGCCCUAUGAAUGCAGUGACUGUGGGAAAACUUUUGGUUUGAAGUCACAGCUCGUGAUACAUCAGAGAACUCAUACAGGAGAGAAACCCUUUGAAUGCAGUGAAUGUCAGAAAGCCUUUAACACAAAGUCGAAUCUUAUUGUUCAUCAGAGAACCCACACAGGAGAGAAACCCUAUGGUUGUAGUGAAUGUGGGAAAUCCUUUACUUUCAAGUCACAGCUUAUUGUACAUCAGGGAGCACACAGUGGGGUGAAACCCUAUGGGUGUAAUCAGUGUGCAAAAGCCUUCAGUUUGAAGUCACAGCUCAUUGUACAUCAGAGAAGUCACACAGGGUUGAAACCCUAUGGAUGCAUUGAAUGUGGGAAAGCUUUUAGGAGCAAGUCCUACCUCAUCAUACAUAUGAGGACUCACACAGGAGAGAAACCACAUGAAUGCAGUGAAUGCGGGAAAUCCUUCAGUUUCAAUUCACAACUUAUUGUACAUCAGAGAAUUCACACGGGGGAGAAUCCGUAUGAAUGCAGUGAAUGUGGGAAAGCCUUUAAUAGAAAAGAUCAGCUCAUCUCACAUCAGCGAACUCAUGCUGGGGAAAAACCUUAUGGGUGCAGUGAGUGUGGGAAAGCCUUUAGUAGCAAGUCAUACCUCAUUAUACACAUGAGAACUCAUUCUGGGGAGAAACCAUAUGAAUGCCACAAAUGCGGGAAAGCCUUCAUUUGGAAGUCGCUACUCAUUGUACACGAGCGCACUCAUACAGGGGAAAACCCUUAUAAAUGCAGUCAAUGUGAGAAGUCCUUCAGUGGAAAAUUACGGCUCAUUGUACAUCAGAGAAUGCACACAAGAGAGAAGCCCUAUGAAUGCAACGAAUGUGAAAAAGCCUUCAUUAGGAAGUCUCAGCUCAUUGUACAUCAGAGGACUCAUUCAGGGGAGAAACCCUAUGGAUGCAGUGAAUGUGGAAAAACCUUCUCUCAGAAAUCAAUUCUCAGUGCACAUCAGAGGACUCAUACAGGAGAGAAACCCUGUAAGUGCAGUGAAUGUGGGAAGGCCUUUUGUUGGAAGUCACAGCUCAUUAUGCAUCAGAGAACUCACACAGAUGAGAAACAUACUGGUGAAGUAAAUGUAAGAAACUUUCUCUCAAAAUUCAAGUCACAGGAAUUCCCAGAAAAUUUGUACAGGAGAGAAACUCUGUAAAUGGAAUCAUCUCAUUGUACACCAUGUAUAUGUGGCAUGUGGAACGCUGUUUUUUAUACACACAAAAAAUAUCAGUACAUGUGCACAAGGGACUCUAUGAAUUCAGUGAACCCUGUGAAAGUUCUUAGCAGGAAGUCUUGUAAGUUUGUGCAGGUGAGGAACAUUAUGAAUGAAAUGAAUGUCAGAAAGCCAUUUUUUGAUAUGCUAACAUCCACAAAGAGGAAAUUCCAUAAUGCAAAUGAAUAUAGAAUACAGUCCUUUGAAAUUCAUAGUUUAUUAAGAAUUAGGAUUUUAAUGAGAGAAAACAUAAAUGAAUGAAUUGCAGGUAUCAUAAGCUCAUACCUUGGAGAAACCAUGCUAUAAGUUAGGGAAAUUCUUCAUCUAGAAGGACAAACUUCUAGUAAAAAAAAAAAAAAAAAGAAAAAAUAUUUGAAUGAAUGAAGAUCUAUGAAUAUUUCAGAUGGGGUAAAGCCUCAGCAGGAAGGUUUACUUACUAUUAUUUUGAUUCAUUUGGAAAAAAAUAAUUUCCUUUACAAAUUAAGGGAAAUUAUGUUCCAAAUGUUCCAAACUUUUAGGAAACGAUUGGAGAAAGUAUUCAACUAUCAAUGAUAGGUAUGUUCAUAGUAGAACAUAAAGAUUUUUUAAUCUGUGUAAAUAAAUGUAAUAAUCAGGAUAAGAAUAAGGAUGACAUCAUAAGACCUGCAGGGAUAUUUAGGUGUUAUCUUCGUUUCUGUACUAUAAAAUAUGUUUUGUGUAGCUUUGCAUAUUCUUGUGAAUGCCACAUUUGGUAGAUAAAUUAGCUAGAUGACAAUACCAUUUUCUAGGGGUUUCUACUCUGCAUAGAGGCAUUCUUAUUUAAAAAUACGACUUCUUACUAGAAUAAUAUGGCAUUAAAAUGCAUUUCCAUACUUUAAACCUUUUAUUUUGUACCCUUUGUAAAUGGUCCUGAAAGCUACCUCUUUAGUUACAUAAUCAAUAUAGUGCAAUAUAGUUUCAUGUGAUUGUGUAUCUGCAAUCUGUUCUACCUUCUCUGGUUAGAACACCUUGAUUUCCUUUAAGAGAAUUCACAGUGUAUGCAGUCAUGAUGGGAUCAUCAUUCAAGGUGCCCUGCCAGGAGUUGGCUGAGACAGUUCAGAAUAUAAAUUUUUAAUGGACUCCUUAGUACAGAAAAUCAAACUUAGCUUUUGUUCUCAGGUAGCAUCUUACUGCUAGUAUUAAUUAGUUCCUUCUAUAUAGAUUACACAGAAUAGCUUUAGUUAUUGUCCCUUUUUAAUCCUAGUUCACUUCUCUGUUAAUUUGAACUAUCUUGUAUCCUCUCAGUACAUUUAAGUGAUACCUUUAAGUGAUGCUGCUGAAAUGUGUAUGUAUAGCUAUAGAUUCAGGAUGGUGAAAAGUCAUUCUACCAGUUGCUUACUUACAAAGUCAGUUUUUUCCACAGCCUCACCAAUUACCUUAUGUGAAUGAGCAUUAAUCUGAAAAUUAGGUUACGCUAUCUUGGAGGAAUAUGAGGAUUCAAAACUGCAAAUAUUUCUGAAACACCCACUACUUUGUGCUCUUUACUUCAGUGGGGAAUCCCAUCUCUUACCCAAAGAAACUGCAUCUUCCUUGAAGGACGCAGUCAAUGAUUUCUGAAUCCCAAGUCCUUAUGUGUUCAGCUCAUUAUUAUUAUCCAAUGUCAAUAGACCUGGGGUGAAGAAUGAUGAUUUACAGAAGGGAAGAGAAGGCUUGCAUAAGGAAAGAAUUUCAGAUAUCUGCUACAGUCUAUCCCAUAAACCUGGAAAAUAUGAAUAUGUAUUUUGUCAUUGAUGUUCCAAGGAAGAUAUAUACACAAAAUAAAGAAUAAACACAUAUUCUGUUUCCUACUAUCCAGGGUCAAUUAGAUUUCAAAGGUUCUGUAUUGUGUGAUGCAAAUCCACAUUCAGCCUCUCCCAGUAGAAGCCAGAGAUGUCAGCAUAAUGUUGAAGGUAUAAAUCAAACACUGUGUGAAAGGAUAAUGAUGGAUUGGGUCUGAUUUUAAAUGAAAUGGAAAAUUUUCCAGAUAAAUGAAACUUAACAAAAAUCAGUAGAUGAGCAACCAGUAAAAAACAAUAGGAAAGUUAAAAAUUGAAUUUCUGGCUUGAAAAUCUACCUAGUUCCUCUAACUCUGCCCCAGCCCCAGAAAAGAAAGAGGUUCCAGAGACUUUCAGUAAUAGUUGAUAAUUUUCAGGAAAGUUAAAGGAAAGAUAAUUCUAACAUUUUGCAAUAUUUCACAGGAAGUAGACAUUUUGGGGGGAAAUGACAAAGUCAUUUGUGAACAUAGAUUUAAAAAUUCUAAAUGGAAUUAUAGCAAAAAUGCAUCUAGUAAUGUAGAAUUUUUAUUUUUUUAAGUCAUGACAUUAUUAAGUGUAGCAGACUGUUAGUAGUGAAUCCAAUAUUUCUUUAUUACCAGCAGUAUCGUUGUAUUUUUCAUAAUGGUGAUGUGCUCAGCUAAAAAGCUGCAUUUUUCCAUUCUUUUUGUAGCUAAGUGUGAUCCUGCUGCUAAUUCUGAGUAAUGAAAUGGACAUAGAAGCUACCGAGAGGGAUAAUGGGAAGGUUUUUCAAAAGGAAAACAAGUGGGGAAAGCCCCCUAGUGUGCUUUCAUCUUUUCUUUUUAAUAUGCAACAUGCUGGAUGUUUGCAGACUCAGCAGCCAUCUUAGAGCCUGAAUUCCUCUUGAGGGUGGAAGCUGUCUGCUUGAGUGCAGUAGAGAGAUAAGAGUGAUGUGGCUCUCUGGUAAUGAUGGAGCUGCUGUGCCAGCCCUAGACCACCACGUCUGGGCAUAUUUUUACACAAAAGAGAGAUGAACUGUCUUGUUCAUGGCAUCUUUUCUUUUUUCGUUGGGAGGAGAGUUGGUUCUGUUAUGUGCACCUGAACCUGAUCCUAAUUAAAACUCAUUAGGGUGUUUGGAAGAUUUAAUAUUAAAAAUUAAUCACACUACCAGAAAGAAGCCAUAUGAGUAUCUCAGUAUGUGUAGAUAAAUCAUUUGAUGGGCUAUAAUACCCAUAGAUUAUUUUAAAAUGUUAUUAAAUUAGAGAUAGAAAUUAACUCCUUUAACUUUGCAAGGAGUAUGUUCCAAAAACUGACAAAUGUCAUAUUUAAUGAUAAAACAGUAAAUGUAUACCUUUAAAUUAAGAAAAAGAAUGCCCAUCAAUUUUAUUGAGCAAUAUAAUGACAGUUCUAGCCAAUAUGUGAGAACAGAAAGUUGUAAGGAAUUGGGGUUUGGGGCAGAAACAAAAAUCGUAUUGUUUGCACAUGUGAUUGUCUAUUUAGAAAAACCAAAAUAAACUACAGGCAAAUAUUUAAACUACAGGCUGUAAGGCAAGGAGUUGUUUCGCAUAGCUCUGAGAGCUGGCAGCUUGGCUGUGAGCACAAGCAAAUCUCUACAAUGUCUCCAUGCUCAGAUUCCAGGCCCUGCUGAGGGAAACAUUCUGAUUUGCCCUCAAAAUAUCUGAAGGCAGUUUUGCACUAACUCAACCAAAAGCUUCAACAAAGCUCAGUCAGUUGAAAUACAGAUCAGAUUGAUUCAGCCCCACCUUAUCUCCCAGCCUAAGAGCUGUCAUUAGAAAAUAUGUACCCUUUUCUGGAAGUAAAUAUAUAUUCAAAGAGCAAAGAAAAUUAUCAGGAAUAUAUAGGUACCUUAUAUAAUGAAAAGCAUCAUUUUGCCAAAAAGACAAUCCUAAAUGUGCAUGCACUUAACAAGAAAGCUUCAAAAUCAUGCAAAAACAGAGGUGAAAUGAGAAAUAUACUCUACCAUUUUAGUUGGACACUUCAACAGUUACUUCUCAGUAACAUAAGUUGGAGACCAAAAAUCAGCAAGGCUAUAGAAGCACUGAAUAAUGCCAUCAAUAAACUAGACCUGGUAGACAUGUCUAGAAUAUCCAACAGCAGAGUAUGUAUUCUUUUCAAUUACAUGUGAAGCAUUCAUCAAUACAGGUCAUGUACUAAGUCAUUAAUCUUAACAUUUUUAAAAUAAUUGAAACCUUUCAAAAUUUCUUCCAUCUAUAGUGCAGUUUAACAAGAAACCAAUUGCAACAAGAACAGAAAAAUCGACAAACACUUGGAAAUUAAGCAGCACAAUUCUAAGUAAUUCAUGGCUCCAAGAAAUUUCAAGAAAAAUAUGGGAAAUAUUUUGAAUUAUUAUAUACAACAUGUAUAAAUUAAAAUACAACAUAUCAAAUUUUUUGAGAUGCAGAAAAAGCAGUGUAUAGAGGGAAAUUAAUGGCACUAAAUACUUACAUUAGAAAAGAAUAAAGGUCUCACAUCAAUAAUCUAAAGUCCUACCUUAAGGAACUAGGAAAAGAAGAGUAAAGCCCAGUGUAAAUAGGAAUGAAAUAGUAAGGAUAAGAUCAGAAACCAGUGAAACUAAAACAGUGGAAGGGGUAAGCAACACAAAACAAAUUGACAACUUUGAUGGACUAAAUUCUUGAAAGACACAAACCACCAAAGCUUAAUAUGAAAUGGGUAACCUGAAUAGUGCUACAUUUAUUAAAGAAAUUAAAUUCAUAGUUAAAAUUCUCCCAAGAAAGAAAAAUCCAGGCUCAGAUCAUUUCACUGGUGAUUUCUAUCAAACAUUUAAGAAAGAAGUAAUAGCCAUUCUAUACUAACUCUUCAAGAAAAUAGAUGACAAAUACUUCUUAACCGAUUUUAUGAAAUCAGUGUCACACUGAUUAAAAGAAAAAACUACAAUUUCUUAAAAAACUACAAAUGUUCUUCAUGAACAUAGAUGUAAAAAGCCUCAAUAUUAGUUAAUUAAAUCCAGUAAUAUAUAAAAGGGUAAUACAUGAAGGCAAAUUUGAGUUUAUCUUGGGAAUACAAAGCUGAGGCUGACUCAAUAUUCAAAAUCCAAUCACUAAUUCAUACCUGACCAACUAAAAAAUAAAAAUCAUAUGGUCACAUCAACAGGUGUAGUAAAAGCAUUUGUUCAAAUUCCACAGCACUCAUGAUAAAAAAAACCUGAGAAAACUGGGAAUAGGAAGUAGCUUCCUCAAACUAAUAAAGCACAUCUGAAAAAUGUCUACAGCAGGGAUCCCCAACCCCCAGGGGGCACCACAGUACUAGUACUGGUCUGCGGCAUGUUAGGAACUGGGUCACACAACAAGAGGUGAGUAGCAGGCGAGUGAGCGUGGCUUCAUCUGCUGCUCCCCAUCACUCCCCAUCAAUCGCAUUACCUCCUGAAGCAUCCCCCCCGCCCCCUGGUCCAUGGAAAAAUUGUCAUGCGUGGAACUGGUCCCUGUUGCCAAAAAGGUUGGGGGCCGCUGGUCUACAAUUAAUGUCAUAAUGGUGAAAGAGUGAAUAGCUUCCCUUAAGAUUGAGGACAAGUCAAUUAUAUCCACUCUCACCACUCUAUUUCAGCAUUGUACUGGAAGACUUAGCUGACUGCAUAAGGCAAGAAAAAGAAAUUAAAAAGAUACAGAUUGGAAAGGAAGAACGACAACUAUUCAGAGACAGCAUGACUGCCUGCACUCAAACUCCAUUUAAAACUUUACACACACACUAAAAAAGCCACCAUAACAAGUCAAUUUAGCAAGACAGCAAAAUAUAAAAUCAAUAUUCAAAAAUCAGUUCUAUUUUUACAUACUUGCAAUAUAAAAUGGAAAAUUAGGGUUAAAAUGCACAGCUAUUUAUGAUAGCACCAAAAACCAUGGAAUAGUUAAAUGUGAGUGACAUGAAAUGUAUGCUGAGAACAACAAUGAAGAAGGGAAUAAUAAUGACCUGGACAAUGGGAGGAGGUGCCCUGUUAAUGGAUUGGAAGAUUCAAUGUCGUUAAAGUGUCAGUGUUCUCCACACGGAUUUUUAGACUCAAUCCCAUUCCAAUAAAAUUCCCAGGAAGAUUUUCUGUGAAAACUGACAAACUGAUUCUAAAAUUUAUGUGGAAUAGCAAAGGAACUAGAAUACUCACAAUUUUGAAAAGGAAAAACAAAGUUGCAAGACAUAUACUCUUUGAUUUCUAGGCCUGUCAUUAAGCUACAACAGCUAUGACAGUGUGGUAUUAUGAAAGGACAGACAUACAGAUUAGUGAAACAGAAGAGACUCCUGACUAAAACUACACACUACAUAGUGAACCGAUUUUUGUCAAAAUUACAAAAUCAAUUCAUUGGAAAGAGAAUAGUCUUUACAAAGAAAAUGGUGCUGAAACACUUGCACAUCUGUUUGAGAAAAAUAUGUGUCUUGGUCUAUACUUACACCAUAUACAAAAAUUAAUUUUUUGAGGAAUAUACUAGAGGUUGAGCUUCCAGCUAAAGGGCUGAUGGUGAGCAUUUAAUAUAUUUAAUUUUACAUCUAAGACUAAAAUGAGGGUUGAGCAAAGAUGAAGAAUACUAUAUAAAGAUAUUUUCUGGUAAAGUAAGAAUAUGAAGUGAGCAUAAGAAGAAAGAGGGUUGGGGGAAGUAAGAUACUGCCAUUGAUAUUAGGAGGAAAGCAAAGGAUACCACUUUAACUCUUAGGCUGAUAAUAACAGAUGGAGAAAAGUGGGAUUCAGGGCACUAUAAGAAGAUAUAAAAGUAACAACUGGAACAAUAUGAAGCCUAAAUUACAAAAGAAAUUAUUUGAAAGAACAAAGAACCACACAGAAGAAAAAAGUAAAUAUAAAUAGGUUACACUGAAAUGAUGGGAGGGGGCCGGAGAAAAACCAUUUAUGGCAGGUGAAUUCCAACUGAUAAAUGUAGAAGAAAUGAUGAAAUUAGAAAAUUGUCAUUAGACAGCCACUAUAGUAAAGAUUGUUUCAGGCAGGAAUUAAUACUAAAACUUGUAAGCAAAAGUAUUAUGAGGAACAAAUAUUAGUCUCAAAGCUCAGAUACUUCUUAAUUACAAAAACAGUAAUGUUAGAUUGAGAAAUUUCAGAAAUUAGGAGAUAUUUUUACAUAAAUGAUGGUAAAAUACAAUGGUAAAAAGUGAAGGAAAAUGUAUAGUUUUAAUGUAAUAAGAAAAAGGUUGAAAACCAAUUAUCUAGCCUUCUAUUUCAGGAAGCCACAAAAGAAAAGCAAAUUAAACUCAGAGAAAGUAGCAGGAAGGCAAUAAUGGAGAGCAGAAAUUGAUUAAAUAGGAACCAAAUGUACAAAAGAGAAAUUGCCACUGAAAGUUGAUUCUUUGAUUAAUAAAAUUCACUUCUGAUCAAGACAAAGCAAGACAGGGAAGCAGCCGCAUAGCACAGGGAGAUCAGCUCGGUGCUUUGUGACCACCUAGAGGGGUGGGAUAGGGAGGAUGGGAGGGAGAUGCAAGAGGGCAAUAUGGGGAUAUAUGUAUAUGUAUAGCUGAUGCACUUUGAUAUAAAGCAGAAGCUAACACACCAUUGUAAAGCAAUUUUACUCCAAUAAAGAUGUUAAAAUAAAAUACUGGGAAAAAAAAAAGAAAAAGCAA